AUGAAUCGACCAACCCUCUGCGAAGAACUCCAAGCGGAAAUUCUCUCAUGGCUUCGGGUUAAGACUCUUCUGCGUUUCAAGUGCGUCAGCAAAUCGUUUCAUUCAUUGAUCUCCGAUCCAUGGUUCGUGAAGCUGCACCUUCAAAGAUCACCCAGAGGCGUGGACUUGCUGUUGGAGUACUUAGAAGACGACAAUAAUCUGGAAAGUCGUUUCCUCGUUCCCUGCCACAUCGGUUCUUUAUCAGACAACCAUAAAGCGACGGUUGCCCACGACCGAACCCUGGGAUUCGAUAUCAGCGGGUACGGGGUUAUCGGAAGCUGCAACGGAUUGGUGUGUAUGGCGGGACGAUGUAAGAAAGACGAAAGAUGCAUGUUUUGCGUGUGGAACCCUGCCACCAGAGAAACAUUGGAGGAUCUCAAAUGUUCAUUCCCCAUUCCUUCCGGCCAUCAUCCUCGUCGCAAGGUUGCGUUUGGCUACGACGAUCUGAGCCAUGCUUACAAGGUGGUGUUGAUGCUCGACGCCCUUGAUCUCAAUAGACGUUCCAUCUACCGCGACGUAAAAGUUUGCAACGUAGGUGGCAACAGUUGUUGGAGAAGCGUCGAAAGUUUUCCCGCUAAAACCACAAUGCAGGGUUCAGGAUGGGGAGUGUAUCUAAAUAGCACCCUUAACUGGGUAGGGUUGGAUCUUCACGAUAACCACCCACAUGAUUCCUAUAUUACAUUUGAUGAAUCGGUGAUUGUUUCACUUGAUCUUCGGAACGAGAAGAGCUCGCAGUUCAUGUUGCCUCAAGCUCUUCAUGGAAUCUGCAUGAAUGGAAUCUGCAUGAGAGGUUCUCACUCUCUAGGAUACGAUUGGGAUUUUCACGACUGUUUGGGGGUUUUGAAGGAUUGUUUGACAGUGUUUUUUCACGAUCACAACAAAAGACAUAUUUCGAUUUGGCAGAUGAGGGACUUUGGGAACCAUAAAUCUUGGUCUCUUUCUCUGAACAUCGCCAUGCAAGAUCUUCAGAUUGUUUCCAUGCCACGUCCUUACUUACACCCACUGAUCAUGUUAGAAGAGAAUGAAGUUCUGUUCAUCGAGGGUACAUAUAAGCGAAUAAGAAGAGUUAUAUACGAUCGAAGUGGUAAUAUUGUAGAACACCCUCAAAUUCACUGCAACAUAUUUGGGAUCUACCCCAUGGCUUAUGUUCAAAGCUUGGUUUCCCAGAAGUCUCUAGGUCUUUGUGUUUAG